AUGAAAACAUAUACGUUUGGACCACAUCUUAUUCGAUCAAGUCAAGUAUUUUUUCUUUCCAAGAAAUGUUUUGGAUUUGUCAAUUUAAAACCAGUUGCAAACGGUCGUAUCCUUUUUAUUAACAACUUUCCACCAAUUCGCGUAGUUCAAAGAUACCGUGAUUUGAAUUCCGAUGAAGUGACCGAUUUAUUUCUGAGUGCACAAAAAAUUGGUCAAGUUGUUGAAAGAGAAUAUCAAGGAACUUCGUUAACUUUAACAAUUCAGGCAACUGGACAAACAGUACCACAUUGUCAUUUACAUAUAAUCCCAAGAAAAGUAGGAGAUUGGGCGAAUAAUGAUGACAUUUAUGGAGAAAUUGAUAAAUCUACUAGAGUUGAUAAUGAAGAGAGACCUCCUAGAAGCUUUGAAGAAAUGGAAAAGGAAGCUAAUUUCUUGAGAUCGUUUUUUCAAUCUGAUGAUAUGAAUUAUAACUAA